AACUUUUCAUCAAAAGUUCAACAAAGUUAGAGAUCAGUCACAAACUCUGAGAAUCAGUUAUCACAUGAUUCAUCCUUUCCAUUUUGUCAACUUCUUAAAGGGCGGUGAUGUUUAGUUGUUUUGCGUUUGGCAAGCAAGCCUCAGACUCCACAUGAGGCAAGAAAUGACGCCAAAGAAUUUGGAAUAUGGCGAUACAAUACAUAUCACGAUACAUGAGCAACGCUCUGAUGUAUUGCGAUGUACUGUGAUACUACAGGAUAUAUUUUUUUAAAAGAAUUUCAUUGCAGAAAAACUGUCAGCAUAGUAAACGCACAAGACUGUUACAUGCCUAGCGUCAGGUUACUGAAAUUGGAGCAGGGGAUCAGGGAUCGACAUUUGAAAUUACUAGAGAAGAAAUAAAAUGAAUUAAAGCCAUGAAUAUUUGUAUGUUAAUUAAUAAUUUAAAAAACUUGAUUCAAUGAAACAAAAUAUCGCAAUAAUUCUGUUUGAUAUUUUCACCUCAACUUAACAUACAUGUGACAAGGUCAUUUCAUUACAAACCAUACUGGUUUAUUGGCCACUAGAUAGCAGUGUUGCAGUUUUUCCACUCACUUUUUAUCAGCAAGUCCAUAAAUUUUGCAAUUAAUUUCAAAAUAUUUUAGAAGAGGAAGUCUCUUGUUUUGUUUGUUUGUUUUUUUGGUCAAUGUUGCAGCACUGAGCAACAGCGUUACCAACCAGCAGAUAUUCUACAAAUAGUUUAAAAAAAACUCGAUGACAUUGACCAACAACUCACAACACAACCACCACUACUGUAAAGUCACAAAUACAGAUUCAGAAAACUCAUUAGUCUAAAUGAUAGUUUUGAAAUUAUAAAUAAAAUAAAAGAAUACAAUACAAUUCAAAGUAAAGCACAAUGAGUCGGAGAAAUGUGAUUAAAAACCCCAUUAAACCACACAUUAAGCAGCAUUUUGGCAAUAGUGUCGAGCACUUGAGAGAGAGAGAAGGCUCAGACGCACAGAAUAUAUUCAUAACUGUUCCACCUGAAAUACAUCAAGAUAAACUCACCGGAAAUCAGGAACAAACGAAGGAACGACGAGGAAGCACAGGCAACGACAUGAAACUUAGAAGGACGACAAGAGAGGAGACAAACGAGGGACUCACAGGCCACGGACUUUCACUUCUGCAUGACAACAUCCUGCUUGUCUUCACUUCCCAGAGAUUUGAAACCAUCCCCACUGUCUCUGGUCUCUGUCUAGAUUAGAAAGCGGUUCCACUGCAUGACGAUGGGUUCACACACAUCUCCAUCUGCAAUGGGUCUCUUCAGAUGGAUCUUCAUCAUUAGUCUGAUCCUUCCAGGACUGUGGUCUAUAAACCUCAGGUUCUUUCCAUGUGACAGUGAAAUGAACGAUACCACAGCAGACUGUAACAAGCGGCUAAUCAGCAAGGUCCCGUUCAAAUCCACCGAACUGAAGAUUCUUAAAUUAAGUCAGACCAAGAUGCUUCAAGUAAAAGCAGACUCGUUUAAAUAUGUCUCAAACCUUCGAACUCUAGAAAUGAUGGACAACUGUCUACCGGCUCGGAUGAGAUCGCCGGACAAAUUUUGUACAAUGGAGAUCCACUAUAAUGCCUUCAAGACUUUACCAAAGCUUCAAAAUUUGUACCUGUCAGGAAACAGCCUCACCUCAAUACCAUGGUUGCCGGAAAGCUUGCUAGUCCUCGAUCUACAAAACAAUCACAUCUCGCAUAUUAGCAUCUCUUUAGGAACCCCCAACCUGCGGCAACUUUUAUUGAGCAAAAACUGCUUUUAUGCAAAUCCUUGUAAUCGAUCCUUUCACAUCACUGAGAAGGUUUUCGGAGAUUUGCCUAAACUGGAAAACCUCACCUUGGGCUACAAUAAUUUGACUGAAGUCCCUAAAGGACUCCCACCUACAUUGGUUAGUCUGGAUCUGAAAGAAAACACCAUUACGCAGGUUUUGGAUGGAACAUUCUCCAACCUGACCAACCUAACUCACUUGGUCCUGGAGUGGAACUGCCAGCGCUGCGACCACGCAGCAAGGCCCUGCUUUCCUUGUCCAAACAACCUUCCUCUGAACCUUUCCUCCAACUCACUCUACGCUGAAAAAAGCUCAAUCAUCUACCUGAGCCUGAGAGGUAACUCUCUGAAAACUUUUCCAGAGGGUCUCUUCAGACCUUUGACAAGCUUACAGAGGUUGGACCUCUCGGACAACCGCCUGGCAUUUGAAAUACAAAAUGGCAAGUUCUUCACGGAGUUGAAGAACCUCACUUGGAUCAGCCUCAUCUACAACUAUGAGCCUCUGGUCACGUUUAGUCAGCUGAAACUCUCUAAGCAUAUCAGCGAAAUGUCUAGACUGCAGUACCUCCUGCUAAGCGGCAUCUUCUUCCACAGGCUUUCCAAUCAAAGCUUCAAUGUCCUGUCCAGCCUCAAACAUCUAAUAAAGAUAGAGCUGAGGAUGAACUUCAUCAAUGAUUCUAAUAUAACGGCUCUGCGGAAGUUACCGUCUCUCGUUAACAUUGUCCUCUCACAAAACAUGCUUGCCUUUCUACCUUGCAUCCCUGGGACAACAUUGAACACAACAUUGGCACAGAACAGCAACCAGUAUGCGUACGAAGUUCAGGAGCAACCCAUAAUUCUGAGAAAACGGGAAACUGAGUCUGGAAAUGAGUUUCCGCAGUCCGGUCCAUUCAAUGUGUUCGACAGGUUUGAGGAUUGUAGCCCACACUUCCCAUCACCCUGGGAAUUCAGGAAUCAUUUGUGCUACAAUAACUUAUCCGUUGACUUUUCUCAAAAUGAAAUUGCAUCGCUGAACAGACAUGUGUUUGAAGGUAUGGAAGAUGUUGUUUGUUUAGACCUUUCCUUCAAUUACAUGAGUGAGAGGUUACAGACCGGGGAGUUUAGCAGCAUGAAAAACUUAGCUUUUCUGAAUUUGUCCUACAACAGGCUCGAUCUUUACCACGACAAUGUUUUCAGCGAGCUGAAUAGGACUCUGAAGGUGCUAGAUGUUAGCAACAACGACUUUCACUUCAAAAUGAGGGGCAUGGGCCACCGGUUUGUGUUUCUCAAAAAUCUGAUGAACUUGGAAGUCCUGAGUCUCGCAAACAAUGGUAUUGGAAUGAGGAUCGACCAGGCGCUGGUCAGCAGCUCUGUCAAGUACUUCUAUUUCUAUGGCAAUGACCUGAACAUCAUGUGGGCAUCUGAUAACACCAAAUACACCCAUUUCUUUCAAAACAUGACAAACCUCAUGUACCUGGACAUCUCUGACAACAACCUGGUCUCCAUCUCACCAGAAGUACUCGUCAACUUCCCAAGGAGCCUCAAGGCCCUGCGGGUUAGUGACAACAAGCUCAAAUAUUUUCCUUGGUGGAACAUUUCAGCCCUGUUCAAUUUGUGUUACCUGGACCUCAGUGGUAACCAUCUUUCUCAUUUGCCACAUGAAGUCAUUCCAUUCGGAGCCAAUUUCACCCUCCUGGACCUCAGUUCUAACUACAUUAGUGUGAUCCCUGAAGAUUUCCUACAGAACUCCAAAUCCUUGGAGUACCUACGCCUUGACCACAAUCAGAUCAUGGCACUAGACCGGCAGCUUCUACCAGCUCCUUUCAAAAACGGCAGUGCCCUCAAAGAACUCUCCCUUCAUGGCAACCCUUUCAAGUGCGACUGCGAUACGUCGUGGUUGGCAGACUUCCUAGGAACCACAGAUAUAAAGGUUGCUUAUCUCACCACAGAAGUCUACUGCAAAUACCCGGAGUCCCAGCAAGGCCAGAGCGUCCUGUCCAUGGACCAGCGCUCCUGUCAGGACAUUUAUGGAAGCUUGGCCUUUCUUGUCUGCUCCUUCUUGGUGGUGUUGUCCACCGUGCUGCCGCUGCUGAAGCAUCUAUACGGAUGGGACAUGUGGUACUGUUUACAAGUUAUUUGGGCGGGACAUAAAGGUUAUUCCCAACUGGCUGGUACUAAUUUAAAAGACCACUAUGAUGCCUUUGUGGUGUUUGACACCGGAAACCAAGCUGUGAGGGACUGGGUUUACAACGAGUUGACCGUUACUUUGGAAAACAGGGGCCAACGGACGUUUAGCCUCUGUUUGGAGGAGAGGGACUGGGUUCCCGGACUUUCAUGUAUUGACAAUCUACACAACUCUGUUAACAAAAGUAAGAAGACGGUAUUCGUGCUGUCCAGCACAGAGACGAUCAACGGCGUGAUACGUCAGGCUUUCUUUAUGGUCCAGCAGCGACUUCUGGACGAAAAGGUGGACACGGCCGUGCUGGUCCUUUUGGAUGAGAAGUUUCCUAAACUGAAGUACUUGCAGCUGAGGAAAAAGCUGUGCAGGAAGUCGGUUCUGACCUGGCCCAGAAACCCUCGAGCUCAGCCUCUGUUCUGGAACAAGAUGAGAACAGUGUUGUCAUCAGACAACCUUACUCUAUACGACAACAACAUGAGCGAAAGCUUCAUCUGAUGUGUUCCAACUUGAAUCAUGUGUCAUUGUAGUGUGUCUGUGUGUUGAAACUUUGUUUUAGCAUCGGAGCCUAUCAUUUUCUUUUCUUACUUUUAAAUUAAAAAUGUAUGUUUUUUUGUCUUUCUGUCUGAUUGAUAAAAGAGCAAAAGCAUUUUUGGGAAGUGGAGGUCAGUAAAGGUAAGGGCUGGUUCUGUUUUAGGGGGCCUCAGCUCAACUUCUGAAGAAAUCACGAGUGUCAUUUGUUGUUUGUCCUGCCCACAGUGAAUGGUGGCAGCUGCUGAGGUCAGUCAUGUGCAGUUUUGAAUAAAAACACACAAACCUUUUAAAAAA